AUGAAGCUUGGCCCGCUACAAUCAAUAUGUAGCGUCACACUCUCUGCUAUCUCAUCUAGACAACUCCACAGCACCUGCGGACCAAGAUGGGAACUAGUGAACCCUCUUGCUGCAAACCAAAGAAUGAUACCUGGCACAGUGAAAUGCACUGUAGCCAUGAACGGAGACCACAGAACAGCAUUGCUGGGAUUCAAUGAUAUAGCAAAGAUGCACAUGCCAAGGGCCAGCUCAUCAGAACUUUCAUCGUCAGACUUUCUCAAGAUGGUCCAAAAUUCAGUCGUAAGCUGCCCAACUUGCAAAGGUUCCCAAUCAUCUGAGCAAGAUCACUUAUUUAUUGCCUGUAGAGAAAUUUCGCUAACCGAAAAUUACAAGAGGCUUGUCAGACCGGGAAUAUGGGGUGUCAGAGCUUUUGCAGCUUUUAAUGCAGCAUGGCGAUUGAUGUUCAUUUACGUAUCGUCUAUGCCAAGUAAAAGCAUAGUACUUGUGCUUGUGACGUUGGCCAGUGAAGGACCUCCACACCCUGCCAGCACGCUUACUACCACUAUUACUACUGCGAAUACUUAUACCACUACCCUUUAUACUACUAUGCUGACAAGGACCACCGACACUUAUACUGCUGACAACACUCAGAUUACCAUGGAAACUUGUAAUCAUUCGUCGAGUUCACAAAACAUAUCCCAAUUCGCUCACCUGAAUGCUGCUGGGUACGAGCACCCUCAACAGACCUUUGAAUCCACGAGCAUCGAUGAGGCUGCUAAUAUGGCUGACAAAGAGGCGCCGGACCACUUCCAAAAUGCUAUUAGGAAAACAACAUUACUAGACAUUCAACAAAAACGGGGCCUUCCAGAGGCCAUGUCUCUUCUGUCUACUGUAACAAAAGACAUAGAAAGGAGAGUCAAUAUAUUGUUAUCUCAACACGAAGAUGACUUUUUUUCUGCAUUUCGAUCGCAUGCAUUAAACGUACAACGUCAUAUAGAAAAGCUCCAGGAGUGCGCCAACGCUCAAAAAAAUCUGAUGACAAGAGAUCUGAAGAUCAAAACACUGCAGCAAGAAUUACAGUGGUUUGUGGAAGAAUCUGUAAGACUGGAUCAGAUUUGCAAGAGGCUGAAAGGUGACCUCAUCGGUUGGCAAGCACGAACAGCAGCCUUAAGAGAAGACCGCGAUUUCCUAGAGAAGGAAUUGAAGGAAACAAGGAGGAAACUGAGAAGGGCAGAGCUUAAUGAUCACAACAUGUCUGCCAAGCGAAUGCAGAACCAGGGGGAGGAGCUGUCUACAUGCUUACGCUCCGAGCAUUCAAAGACACUGCAUGAUACUGUGGACAGCCUCAAACGACAAAUAGCUAAUCUAACCGCCACAAUUCACCGGCUUCAGAACGACGCUAGACGGAACUCAAGAAGAGGGUCCAGUCUUGUUGAGGCAUCUAAGGCUCUUGGCCGUCGCCAACACUUGGAACGUUUUCUCGUGGAAUGCAUUAACGAUGUCAAGAAAGAAAGAAAACUUAAGGGGAUCCCCACCGCGUCAUUAGGCGAGUUCGAGCACCUUUCCGUUGAGGAGUUCUUGGCUUUUGACCGGCGCAAAGUCCUGAAUGCUUUGUUGUCCAACGACAAUGUCCUUCGAAAACUGUAUUGCUUGAUCUUUCCCCACAAAGGGACAGUCGAGUGA